UUAUCAUUUCGAAGUCUGAAGCCAAUUCGCAUUGCCGGCAUACUCUUGAAAUGACAUUGACGUGUGUGCACCGUACCUAAUAAUAUUUUCUUUUUAAAUUAAGUAACUUUGUUCGAAUUUUAAACAUAGAAUUCUUUCGAGUGUUAUGCUGUUCUAUUUUUAACCGAAUUUAUUGAUUUAAGUGCAAAACUAAAAUAUUCCAUUUCGUUGUUUUAAAAUUACUUUUUUAUAAAACAUUUUGUUUUUGAAAUCUUUUUUAUUGUACACUGGCCAGUUUUAUAGUAAAAACUAAAUACUUAUUUCAAUUAUAAAACAAAAAUCAUGACGCAAGUGAGAGUAAGUGAGGGAAUCUUGGAAGGCGAAAUGUUGGAUAACGUGUUUGGUGGGAGAUAUACGAGUUUCAAAGGCAUCCCUUACGCUGAACCUCCUAUAGGUGAUCUUCGAUUUAAGGCACCACAACCACCAAAACCAUGGAAUGGCGUCAGGAGCGCAAAGGAGUUUGGUCCAAUAAAUUACCAGGUGGACCUGUUCAAACCUGGUGCUCCAGUUGGAAGCGAGGACUGCCUGUACCUCAACGUCUACGUUCCAGAAGUCCCACUGAAAAAAAAUCUCCCCGUCAUGGUAUGGAUCCAUGGCGGAGGAUUCCUCUGGGGCAGUGGCAAUGACGACGUCUAUGGUCCAGACUUCCUCGUCAGGCAAGAAGUAAUCCUCGUCACUUUCAACUAUAGGCUCGGCGUCUUUGGCUUCCUUUGCCUAGACACAGAAGACGUCCCCGGAAACGCUGGCAUGAAAGACCAAGUAGCAGCCCUCAAAUGGGUCAAGAAAAACAUCAGACAAUUCGGAGGUGAUGACGAAAACAUCACCAUCUUUGGUGAAAGUGCUGGCGGAGCGAGCGUCUCCUACCACUUAGUAUCGCCCAUGUCGAAAGGACUUUUCCAAAAAGCAAUAUGCCAAAGUGGAGUUGCUACAAAUUUAUGGAGUCAAGCUUUCGAACCCAGAGAAAGGGCUGAAAACUUAGCGAAGAAAUUAGGAUUUAAUUCAAGAGACGAUAAGAAACUUUACGAAUUUUUGAAAACAAUUCCUAAAGAGUCGUUUAUAUUGCCUGAAGUUGCAGUUACAUUCGCUAUGCAGAAUUCAAUGGACCUCCCGUUUGUAGUGACAAGCGAAAAAGAUUUCGGUCAAGAAAGAUUUUUAUAUGGCGACAUAAAUGAAAAAUAUCUAAACAUACAUGAAGGAGUUGAUGUUAUUACCGGGUAUGUCGAAGACGAAGGCCUUGUAGGUAUAUUUCUGAAUGGUGCCUUAGAUAAAACAGUUGAAAAAAUAAAUUUCUUCCUUGAAACCAUGGUUCCACUUCCGAUUGCAAGGAAUUGUCCAAUCAAAGAACAAUUAGAUGUGGGUAGAGAGAUGAGAAAUUUCUACUUCCAAAAUAGAGUCGUGACGAAAGACGAUUGGGAACAAAUAUUGAAAUUUUACUCGAUGAAUUACUUUACAUAUAACAUAAUAGAGUUACAGAAACAGUGUGCAAAGUUGAAUAAGAAGAACAAAUUUUACCUGUACAAAUUCACGUGCAAAUCUGAAAGAAAUGGCUUUAAAAACGUUUUCAACGUGAGUAACGAUCCAACUAUAAUAGGCGAUAAACCAGUGGUAUGUCAUUGCGACGAUUUGACAUAUCUAUUCCAGGUAAAUUUUUUGGACCUAAACCUGAAGAAGGAUUCUAAAGCAUUUAGAAUGAUCGAACAAGUUACACAGCUGUGGACUAACUUCGCGAAAUAUGGGAACCCUUCGUUUUUGGAAACCAAGUGGGAGCCAUUUUGUCUGGAGCACGAGCGGUAUCUGAACAUCGGAGAGGAGUUGGUUCUAGAGUCGAAGCCAGAACACGAGGAGUAUAAUUUCUGGGAAAAAACCAUCAAUAAGUACUGUCCUAAAAAGUAAAUUGAUCAAGUUUAUGAAUACUUAACGGCUUUUAGAAGUGUCAAAUUUAAAGUCUCUAUUAUAAUAUUUAUAAUACAUAAACUCACAAAUGUGAUUGGCAGACUCACAUAAUCGAAGACACCUUAAUUGCAGCUACUUAACUGUUUAUUUUGAAUUUAUCAGAAAAUCAAUUCAAAAUAAACAACUCAUAAUAUGUAAUGCUUACUUUAUUUAAAAAAGUAAGAUUAAUUAUGACCUGAGUGAUAAUAAUGUCUGGCGUUAAGUAAAUGUUUUCCACUAGUUAUCAAAUAACUUGUAAUGUACCUACACUGUUUUAAAAUAUGCGUUGCUGUUGCAGUUUCUUGUCAUUUCUUCUCCUCAGCCAUAGCACCUUGCAAAAUGACGUAGAUUCAAGAAUGUUAAAUUGACCUUCAACAAGUUCAACCAUGAUAAUUACGUUGAAUAAAUGAUUCUGAUUUCUGUUCAUACAUA